AAAAGAAACAUGUAUUUUGUGGGUCCCCGGAUAUAUCAAUACCGGGUAGCCGGGAAAACACCUAAAAGGACAGAACAGAGACAGAAGCUCCUGGGGACGAGAUUGAUCCUAAAGUGUGAAAAUUAACCCUAUUUUAAUUGGAUAUUAACCCUACUCGCGUAUCCAACAAUUCCCAGCCGCCAGUCUAACACGACCUCGCCCCACCCCCAUAAUUCUAUUGGCUUGCAGGGUCAGUACUCCCGCCACUUAAUUUCUCCAUUUGACCGUUUCGCAUAAAGCGGUAAAGACGGCUCCAUGUCUCGGAGCUGUGACGAAUCGAAAGUGGACUGGUGUCAUUGCAUUUCCCAAAUCUCGCUUCUCCCAAAUCUCGUCCCAAUUCUCCCCAAAUCUUACUUUUCUCAAACCUCUCUUGCCAAAUGACCACCUAUUCCCUGGAUGAAAUUGUUAAUACUGUGGUCGAUUAUUUCCGGUCCAAUCGUCGUCCGCAUGGGGGAAAAAACGCCUUGGCAAUAGCAAAGGAGGCCUCUAAUGAUUCCACAGACAGACUUAUCCUAAAUCACGGCGAUUCGGUCUGGUAUGCAUACUUCGCUGCGUCCAAGUCAAUACAUUUGAAACACCGCUUUGCUGGUCAAGCUACAAUGACAUCCAUGCUGCGAUUUCUCGAAGAACAGGACGUCAACACCCGGGAAGAAUUCGCAAAUCGACUUGCGCAGACAAUGAACGAGCCACGUACCAACGAGCCAACAAGGUCUCCGGCCAAGCGCCCUCGCACCACCGACCAUAACAUCACGGAUUCUAUACAGCCACGUACGACUACACAGAGCACAGAUACCCUCUCCAAUGCUGUUCACGCCUACGACCCGCAACAGAUACCUAACCAUAAUGUACCCAUUGGAGAUGUGUAUCUUGAAGCCUCGUUAGAGGAGGCCAAAAAGCUGUUCGAUAAAGACUUUUGGGACACGAUUAAAAGAGUACCAAGCAAAGAAAACCCUCAGGACUUGACGGCCGAUGUAUCAAUUAUAUUCCAUGAAGACUUCAACCGACACAUGUUCGGAUGCCAGGUAGAAAUUGGGAUUACCAGCGUGCUGUUGUCAUCUACUCUUUUGGAACUCUUUAGUGUCUCAAUACGCUCUAUGAACGGUUUCAUAUCAGCGGUUCUUCCAGGUGGUUGCCUCAUCGAGCCUGGCGACGGAGGGUUCACAUUGCGGCGGUGUCAGCGUGAUCUCUCUGUUAUAUUCGAGGGUGAUCUACACAAAGGUGUCUGCUCGUCACCUUUGUACAUGGAAGAAGGAAGACAGGCACGGAACUACACCGAGGCUGUCUCGAUUCGCAUACAAAGGCUCGAGGAGCACGGUGCCACAAUAAUCGUGCAUGUCGCAGAAUUUUGGGCAACGAAAAUGAUGCAGAAUUUGUACAAAAGAUGACUGAGUUCUUAAAUCUCCUUCACCUUGCCAUUUGCGAAUGCAACAAAAAGACCUCGCGGCAAAACAGCCUGUCCCUUUUCCUUAUAAUGCCGAUCCGUAAUCUGCCGUUUUGCAUCGAACUCUGUAAUAAGCGUACAGUUCGUCCAAUAUAGCAUCUGGUUUGAUCCUUCAAUUAAUUGGCGACCUUCCUUCGC